AUGGGAGAUCCUUUGAAAAGAUACAGAGGAGUUCGGAAGCGGGGGUGGGGUAAAUGUACAUCUGCCAUUUACUACCCCAAGCAGGGGAAGCAGAAGCAACUCUGGAUUGGAAGUUUCGACACGCCAGAGAUGGCGGCUACGGCAUACGAUGCUGUCGCCAACUUCUUCCAUGGCCCCAAAGCACGUUUAAACUUUCCCGAACUGCGCCACACUCUCCCCAAAUUCCCACCUGAUGCAACUGUCCGUAAAAUUCGAGCGCUGGCUCGAGGUGCCGCUGAAGGCAGCCAUGGAGGUGGAGGUGGAAGUUCUAUUUCCGGCGUCACGGAACCAAUCCAAUCCCUCGAGGAAUGGCAAAUCCAAUCCCUCGAGAAAAUGCCAAUUUAUUCUCCAUUAUUACACCAAACAAUGAUGGAGGAUGAUACUUCGGGUUUUGAUCUUUACGGCGGUGACACAUACGAUACUUCGAUAGAUCUUUGGAACGACCAAAUGCACUGA